AUGUCUCUUUACCGUAUCGGCGUCGACGUUGGCGGCACAAACACCGAUGCCGCCAUCCUCGACAUCACAGCCCCCAGCAUCCCCGGCCGCGGUGUUCUCGCAUCUCACAAAGCCUCGACAACACCGGACAUAACCAGUGGCAUCGAGUCAGCGAUACGAGAAGUCCUGACGACGUCUGCUGUCGACCAAAAGAAAGUUCUCAGCGUCACAAUCGGCACGACGCACUUCAUCAAUGCUUUGGUCGAGGCCGACACCCGCAGACUCAGCCGUGUUGCUGUCGUCCGCCUCUGUGGCCAUUUCACGAGACAAAUACCGCCCUUCUCUGACUUCCCGUCCGGCCUGAGGAGAAUCCUAGACGGAGGAGUAUAUUACCUGGAUGGUGGGCUGGAGAUUGACGGCCGAGAGAUUGCGCCACUAGAUCAUGAGCAAAUCAGAAAAGCCACGAGAGAGAUUGUUGCUGCCGGUGUGCAGGCAGUUGCUCUCGUCGGUGUUUUCGCGCCUCUGGAUCAUGCUGGCGUGCACGAGGAGACCUGCAAAAGGAUUAUCCUGGAAGAAGCGCCGGGGCUGGACGUCGUCUGCUCUCAUGACAUUGGCCCACCUGGCUUGCUCGAGCGAGAGAAUGCCACGAUUCUCAAUGCAGCCAUCCUCAGAACAGCGCAGAAGGUUACGCGUGGCUUCAAGCGAGCAAUGGCUCGUCUGAGGCUGGCUUGCCCACUGUACCUGUCGCAGAACGACGGCACGCUCAUCGAUGCGGAUACUGCAGCGGAGUAUCCUAUCAAGACGUUCGCCAGCGGUCCGACGAAUAGUAUGACCGGUGCUGCCUUUCUUGCAGGCCUAGACAAGGUCAAGACAAUGACCACAGAUCCUUCUGGCGUCUCAGGUGCCGACGCGGUUGAACCGCAAGUCUUGGUGGUUGAUAUCGGUGGCACAACAACAGAUGUCUGCGCCCUACUUCCAUCAGGUUUCCCGAGGCAGGCCCCUGGGUUUGUCGAGGUCGGCGGGGUGAGGACGGCUUUUUCCAUGCCAGAGGUUGUCUCCAUUGGUCUGGGCGGUGGUAGCAAGGUGGGAGUGCAUCCCACAUCAGGAGACGUUACUGUUGGUCCUGGUUCGGUUGGUCACUUCCUCAUGCAGCAGUCAAGAGUGUUUGGCGGCUCCACGCUGACUGCAACGGACGUUGUCGUGGCCUCUGGCAGGGCCCAGCUCGGAGACGCCGGUCUAAUCAAAGACGUACCCGCAGAAACAAUUGAGAAGGCGCGUCAAAGGAUCAAAACCAUGCUCGAGGGUGUCAUUGAGCAGAUGAAAGUAUCUGCCGCCCCGGUGCACGUUCUUUUGGUAGGCGGGGGAGCGCUCCUCGUCACGGAGGACUUCGACGGCGUGGAAAAGUGCAUUCAGCCGAUUCACCAAGGCGCGGCCAAUGCUGUUGGAGCCGCGAUUGGUAAAAUUUCUGGAGAGGUCGACGUCAUCGAAAUUUUGGAGGGCAGAGAUGAGAAAGCUGUUGUCACAGAGACUUGCCAGAAGGCAAUCGACAUCGCUGUCCAGAAGGGAGCGGCAGCGGAUGAUGUCCGCAUUGUGGAGGUGAACAAGAUGCCAUUGCAAUAUGUCGACAACGGGGCUAUGAGGAUCCAGGUCAGAGCGGUGGGCAAGCUCUGCGUACCGGAGAGCCCUGUGUUUUCCCCAGAGAGCGGUGACACUGCUCUGGAGGAGGAACAGGAAGACGAGGCAGUGAAGGAAAGCGUGCCUGAUGCCUUGAGUUCCACAACAAAACCUUCACUCCAUGUCGAUCUUGAAGUGUAUCGACCGAAUGUGAAGGAUGGGGUUUGGUACGUUUCUGAGGUAGAUCUUGAGCUGAUUUCGACUGGAUGCGGUGUUCUGGGCACCGGAGGUGGAGGACCGACGCAUCAUGAAUUCCUCAAGAGUCUCCAGGCUUUGAGAACGAGUGCGACAGGCAAAAUGCGAAUCAUCUCGCCGAAAGCGUUGAGAGACGAGGACAUGGUCUGCUUUGGAUCGUGGUAUGGCACACCGAGCGUCAUCAACGAGAGAAUCGCUGGUGGCACGGAGAUUCCGAGUGGCAUUGACGCAGUCACCAAGAUUCUGGGAAUCAAGUCUCUCAACGGCAUUUUCAUCGAUGAGAUCGGCGGCGGAAACGGCCUGAGUAUUUUUCCUACGGGUGUCCACUACGACAUCCCCGUUGUGGACGGCGAUGCCAUGGGAAGGGCGUACCCGACGAUGUAUCAAGCCACUCUGAGUGUUUACGGCCACCCCUUGACUCCCUGCGCUCUCUCAGACGCGAGGGGCAACGUCUCUGUUGUGAUGAAUACUGAUACCCCCAUACGUCUAGAGCGCUUCUUGCGGACCGCCGCGAUUGAACUUGGCCUUGGAUGUGCUGUAUGCGCCAGACCGCUUCCCGGGUCUGCCAUCAAAUCGCAUGGCGUUCCCAAUACAGUGUCGCAGGCAUGGUACCUUGGACGCGCGGUCCAUAUGGCUCGGAGGAGGAAGUCAAGCUAUAUCGAUGCGAUCUUUGAUGUUUGUGCCGGCAAACUCCUCUUCACCGGAAAAAUCGUCGAUGUCAGACGCUAUGUCGGCGGGGGCUACACGAUGGGAAGCGUCCUUCUUGCCCCCCUCGCUGAGGAAGAGCGCGAUUCCGAUGCUCGGGGAUCCUCGAACGCCGAUCGCCAUAUGCUCAUCCCUUUCCAGAACGAGUACCUCUAUGCCGCUCUGACGGACUCUGAGGGAUCUGAACAUGAUCAAGAAGUUAUCUGCACCGUGCCGGAUCUCAUCUCCAUUCUUGGCCAGGAUGGUGAAGCGAUCGGGUCGCAAGAUCUGCGGUACGGCCUACGCGUCAAUGUAAUCGGGCUACCUGCGCAUCCCUUGUGGAAGACGGAGAAGGGAAUGCCAGUGGGAGGGCCGAAGGCCUUUGGACUGGAGAUGCCCUUUGUUGGGGUCGGGGAGUACACGGAGCCAAGGAGCGUCAUUGAGGAGUUUGCAGCGUAG